CACAUCCAUACAGACACUCUUUUGCAUCCUUUCCUCCCCUCCCUGUAGUCUCACAGGGACCCAUAACCCACAGCAGAUACACGCAAUCGUUCAAAAAACACCUCUGGAACACUCAAAAGCCUACAUAUGCCCGGAGACAGCUCGUGGGCCUUGCCCAUUUUUGCAAGGCCCUUCAGACCUCAUCCAUUGGACACUUGGGCAACAGAAGAAGAAGCCACUCAAACAUCCUCACCAAUCGCCCCAUCCCACUUAGAGCGCAAAGUGGAUGAAGAGCCUGAAGAUGAUGAUGAUGACUGCGAGUCCGAGAAUCGUGAAGAGCUUCAAGAGGCCAAAGCGGACGACGGUCCGGAAAGUGUUGAAUGGAAGAGCAAGUGGAUUCCCAAGGUCAGCAAGAAGAGCACAGUAGAUCAAUUGAGGGAAGCAUUGGAACAAAUGGGACUGAAUACAAAGGGGAAAAAAGAGACGCUGAUUAGGCGAGCUCAAAAUGCCAUACACGCUGCCAAUUUGAGUGUUGCUCUUGAAAGCCAAGCGUCCACUCCAUCCGGAGACGGAGAUAACCCUUGGGACUGCGGGGAUUUCCCCCCAGACAGCGUACUCGCAGCCCAUUUCGUGGCCAAGGAGAAGAGACGGCAGGAAAGGGAGGAAAUGAAGAUACUUGGCCAGAGAUAUAGGAGUUUUUUGUGCUUUGAUGUCGAGGCAACUUGUAGGGGAGGGAAGGAGUUUGACUAUCCCAACGAAAUCAUUGAAUUUCCUGUAGUUCUGGUCCGGUGGGGAGAGCCCAACGAGGAGGGUAAAAGGGUAUUAGAGAAGAUUGAUUCAUUCAGAUCAUAUGUUCGACCUACAUGGCGACCUAUCCUUACCGAUUUCUGCAAGAGCCUUACUGGCAUCCAACAAGAAACCGUAGACAAAUCCCCCAUUUUUCCUGAAGUCCUAAAGCAACUGGAGGGAUGGCUUGAUAAAUGGGAUCUGAGAGGAGACAAGGGGCUCAAAGACGCUCUAUGGGUUACUGAUGGCCCUUGGGAUCUACGAGAUUUUGUUCCUAAACAACUUCACAUAACUCCGCCCAACCCAUUCCCCAAUUACUUCCAUGGUCCCUACCUUAAUAUCAAGCACGCCGUCCAGUCUGUAAUGUCCGAGAUCAAUAGACGGAGAGUCUACGCCGCUGCCCACCCUGAUAAUGCUGCCAAUGAACGAGCCACCCAGCCCAUUACGACAAGUAGACGAGCAGGAAAAUGGAGGCCCGGCCAAGGAGCAGAGCCGUUAGGAGGGGUAAGUCGUCGGGGUCCGAGGGAAGCGACACCGCCUCCGGCGCAAGGAGUUACAUCGCCAGCGACAGUGAUGGUUGACAGGGCGCCUCUUCCAACCCCGCCGAGGACCUCAGUCAGGAAGGAAGGCGAUUAUUACCUUAACAUUGCUGGGAUGUGUGAAGCACUAGGUUUGGGAGAAUUUGAAGGACGGCAACACUCUGGAUUAGAUGAUGCUACAAACAUUUCCCGUAUCCUCAUAGCGCUAUCAAGAUGGAACGUAAUCUUUGAACCCAACGGAGUCAUUCAGCCAAUGGGUUCGGGAAAGAGAUACCCCUGGAUGGGAGAGAGUGGAAAGGUUGUAUGGGAGGAAUGGAUGUCGUCGCAACGGCCACAGGAUGAUCCUGCCAAGAGAGAGGCGGAAGAAAAGAAAAAGCAAAAGGACUCCAAGGCGCAGGAUGCCCUUACAGAAGAAUUCGAGCCAUCAGUCCCAGCAGAAGAAGACCCGGCCAUUAGACACCCUGAGGAUGGAACUGCAGAACCCUGGGAAGAGGGAUGCGGUGAGUACUAUGAGGGAUUCCAGGAAGAGGAAUCAACGACAAUUGACGAAGGGCCUCAAAACUCGUUGGACUUCGUACCCAGGAUAUUGCAAAGAAAACACCGUGUCUUGAUGAGAAAUAAUGCCCAAAACCAGCAAGUCUCUAUACCAUAGAGUCAUUAGGUAAAUUGCAUUACAGCUCAAUCAUAUGUGUAUAGUAGCAAUAUAUUGGCAUUUUCUUUGUAUAAUUAUUUUAAAUAUGACCUAGAGUAAUAACGGGAUUUCCAUUCCGUCAA